AUGUCGAGAGCUUACAUCAACAAAUAAUUAAAUUAAAAUAGGAAAUGUGAGGAUUGGAGAGGAAAGGCUAUUGAUUAUGAGACUCUCAUUUAAGCAGAGUAGGCUAGAAACGAGGAAUUAGAAAAUGAUGUGCAAUAACUUAAUGAUGAGAAUGCUAGAUUGAAUGAUGAAAUCAAAAGAUUGAUGGAAGAAUUAGGUAAAUUGUAAUCUUAAGUAUCUGAACUCAGAGAAUAAACUACUAUAAUUGAAUAAUUAAGAUCUGAUUUACAUAAUGUACAACAUCAAUUAGAUUUGAAAUUACAACAAAUUGAUGAUCUAAAUCAUGAUGUCUAAACAAGAGAUGCUGAAUUAUUUAAAUUGUAAGGAGGAUCUUCAGUUACUAUUAUUACUGAGAAUAAGUUAUUGUAGAUGUAGAGUGAAAUUGAUAGAUUACAAUCACUUCUUAAGUAAAGAGAAGCUGAAUUAGAUGGUUGGAGAUUGAAGUAUUCAUCCCUUGAAAAGGUUAACAUUUAAUUAAGAACUGAAAAUGCAAGUAUCGACUCAUUAUAAGGAACUAUCAAGACUUUGCAAUAGGAAUUAGCAUCAAAGCAAGAGAGAAUCAAUCUUAGAGAUGAUAAAAUUAAAUAAUAAGAUGAUAUUAUUGAUUAAUUAUAGAAUGAGUUAAAUCAUCUUUAAGGAUUGAAAUUAGAAGUUGAGAAUCUUAAACAAUAAGUACAUUUUAAGGUUUAAGAACUUACUACUUGCAAAGAAAAGUUAGCAGCUGCUUUGAGAGAAGUAGGAGCUUUACGUUUGUAUAAAGGAGAAGUACAAGUACUUGAAUCAGAGAAGUAAUUACUGAGAGACGAAGUUGAUCAUUUGAGAGGUGAAAUCUAAAAGAGAUUGUUGGAAGUUGAAGAGCUCUCAUUUAUUAAAGCAUCAUAAGAAGCUUAAUUAAAAUAAAUACCAUUCUUAGAAGAUGAAAUAUCAACAUUGAGAAACCUUUUGGCUGAUGCUAUUUCAGAAAAGGGAAUCUUAUAAACUCAAUUUGGAUAAUUAUAGAAUGAGAAUCUUGCACUUGAUAAUAAAUAUCAUACAUAAGAGGGAGAACUUGAUGAACUCAAAUUAGAUAACUAAAGAUUAUUAUAAAUCAAUGAUCAUUUGAAUGAGUAAUUACAAAAGGUCAGAAAUGAAAGAAAUCAAUUUGAAAGAGAUGCUGAUCAAUUAGAUAAAACACUUCAUGAUGUUUAAUAAUUAUUGGCUGAUGCUGAAGAAAAGAAUGCAUAAUUAGAAAAAGAAAUUAAAGAAUUAAAAGAUGAAUUAAAUAAAUUAAGAUAACAGAAUUUAUAAUAAGAAUUAGAUUUAUAAGCAAAAGAUAGAUAACAUGAAUAAUAAAGAGUUUAAUAUGAAGGAUAUUUGAAUGAAUAAUCACUGGAGAUUCAAAGAAAGGAAUAAUUGAUAAAGAAUUGGAAGGAUAAGUAUUUACAAUCUGAGUAAUUGGUGUCUGAUUUAUAAUUUACAGCUGAACUGUUAAAAUAAGAAUAAAUCAGAGCUAGGUAAUUAGAAUUAGAAAUUGAAAGAUUGAAGCAAAGGUAAUUACAUCAACCACCACCUUAAAUUGAACACAUAGUCGAUUAGGAUGAAAUCAAUCAACUUAGAAAAUAAAUAUAGGAACUUCAAAGAGAAAACUUUGAUUAAUACUAAUAAAUUUAGAAACUGAAGUAAUAAAUUGAAUAAUUAAAUAAUCACAUUAAUAUCCUUGAAAAUGAAAAGCAUUUAUUUAUCUAAGAAAUAGACAGAUUGAAAACUUAAUUGAAUAUGAAAGUCGAAGAAAAUGAACAAAUGAGAGCCAAAAUGAAUGAUCUCAAUCAAACCAUAUUCAAUUUAAAGCAUUUAGAAUCGAGAGUUCCUGAGUUGGAAUAAACAAUUAAUUUAUUAAGAUAGCAUUCAUAAGAUUUGAUUCAAUAAUUGAAUGUCAAGACAAAAGAAUAUGAAGAUCUCUACGGAAGAUACUUCGAUAAAUCUUUAGAAGCUAAUCAAGUUAAUUAAUUAUAAUUAUCAAAUAAUAAAUUAGAUAUUGUAAGAUAAGAAGAAGUCUAAAAUAGAGAAAAUGUUAAGACAGAUCUUAACAAAGUUGGAGUAGACAAUGAUAGAUUGAGAAGAGAGAAGGAGUACUAUGAGAGUAAAUAUAAGUAUUUGCUCCUUGAAGUUGAAUAUUUAUAAAGAUUGAAAGCUGAAUCUCUUUAGUAAGAUCCUAUGUUGGAAUUGAGAGGAGGAAACCAAGAUGAUGUCAAUGAGGACAUUGCUAAUUUGGAAAGAUAACAAUAGGUUUUAUAAGAUCAAUUAGCCAAAUUAUAAUCGUAAAAUGAAUAGAAGGAUAAAGAGAUUGAUGAUCUCAAUGCUUAAUUGAGACAAUUAUAAGCAGAGUUAAAUAAGUUAAGAAACAUUCAAGACUUAUAUAAUAAACUUCAAUAAUAAUACAGUUUAUUGUAAACUUAGAUUACUAAUUUAUAAUAAAGCAGUAGCAAUUCUUCAGCUGAAAAGGAUAAUUAUAUCAAUGAAUUAAGAAUCUCAUAUUAAUGA